CAAGAUUCGGUUAGUUGACUCCCAGCUGUGUGUCGCAUCACAGACCAGUGCUAGGAUUUUCGUGAUUAAAACUGCCUUGUUAAACUUCAGCUAAAACUUUUGAUCAUCAUGAGGGAAUGCAUUUCGGUUCACAUUGGCCAAGCUGGCGUCCAGAUCGGCAAUGCCUGCUGGGAACUUUACUGCCUGGAGCACGGCAUCCAGCCCGAUGGCCAUAUGCCCUCCGAUAAGACCGUGGGCGGUGGCGAUGACUCCUUCAGCACCUUCUUCAGCGAGACUGGAGCUGGUAAGCAUGUGCCCCGUGCCGUGUUCGUGGAUCUGGAGCCCACUGUGGUGGAUGAGGUGCGGACAGGAACCUACCGCCAGCUGUUCCAUCCGGAGCAACUGAUUACCGGUAAGGAGGAUGCGGCCAACAACUAUGCCCGUGGCCACUACACCAUCGGUAAGGAGAUCGUCGACGUGGUCCUGGACAGGAUUCGCAAGUUGGCGGAUCAGUGCACGGGUCUGCAGGGAUUCCUGGUCUUCCACUCCUUCGGCGGCGGCACUGGCUCUGGAUUUACGUCGCUGCUGAUGGAGCGUCUGUCCGUGGACUAUGGAAAGAAGUCAAAGCUGGAGUUCUCCAUUUACCCAGCACCACAAGUGUCCACAGCUGUGGUCGAGCCAUACAACUCGAUCUUAACCACCCACACAACGCUGGAGCACUCGGACUGUGCGUUUAUGGUUGACAACGAGGCAAUCUACGACAUCUGCCGGCGCAACUUGGAUAUCGAGCGACCCACCUACAUGAAUCUCAAUCGCCUAAUUGGCCAGAUCGUUUCCUCCAUUACGGCCUCGUUGCGCUUCGAUGGCGCUCUGAAUGUGGAUCUAACCGAGUUCCAGACCAAUUUGGUGCCCUACCCACGCAUCCAUUUCCCGCUGGCGACAUACGCUCCCGUCAUUUCCGUGGAGAAGGCCUACCACGAGCAGCUGACCGUUGCCGAGAUCACCAAUGCCUGCUUCGAGCCGGCCAACCAGAUGGUCAAGUGUGAUCCGCGUCGCGGCAAGUACAUGGCCUGCUGCAUGCUCUACCGCGGUGAUGUGGUGCCCAAGGAUGUGAACGCAGCCAUUGCCACCAUCAAGACCAAGCGCUCCAUCCAGUUCGUGGACUGGUGUCCCACGGGCUUCAAGGUGGGCAUCAACUACCAGCCACCCACCGUUGUUCCUGGCGGAGAUCUGGCCAAGGUGCAGCGCGCCGUCUGCAUGCUGUCCAAUACCACUGCCAUUGCCGAGGCCUGGGCCCGUCUGGAUCACAAGUUCGAUCUGAUGUACGCCAAGAGGGCCUUCGUCCACUGGUACGUGGGUGAGGGCAUGGAGGAGGGCGAGUUCGCCGAGGCUCGCGAGGAUCUCGCUGCCCUCGAGAAGGACUACGAGGAGGUGGGCAUCGACUCCACCACCGAGCUGGGUGAGGAUGAGGAAUACUAGAGAGAACGUUAUCAACAAUGAUACAACCACACAAACUUUAUAAACAUCACUUUCUAUCUACCAAAUACCAAUGCAUAAACUUUCGCAAUAAAACAGUUUAACCCAAA